AUGCCUGCACCUCCAACCGCUCGCAGGCGUGCUAUCUUACCUCGGCAAUCUAAUACUGCUGGACCCUCAGGCUCUUCUGCCUCGCCGACACCGACUGAUACGGAUAAUGCCAACCCAACAUCUUCCUCCACCUCGUCGACACCAAGUAGUACACCGACUUCAAGUACUGAAUCUACAGAGAGCUCCUCCAGCACUCGUACGCGAUCGUCAACGCCAUCCUCCACCCCCUCCUCGACGCCUACAUCUACUCCGACCUCCACUCCCGAGUCUAGUACCCGAUCUAGCACUCAAUCUUCCUCGACCGAGACAUCUUCCACUGCUUCUUCGUCAACAACGUCUACGAUCACGUCCUCAGACAGCUCUACAACCCCGAGCUCGACCCCUGCCUCCUCGUCCACUGGAUCCUCAUCGAUACCUGCCUCCGCAAACAUGACAUCCGCUGCGCCCUUCACGACACUCUCACAGACCUCUACAUCGUCUGGCGCCAGCUUUACGACUCUCACUUCGUCAAUAGUCACCGAAAUCAACGGUACUCCCACCACGGCUCCAAUCGCUAUAGUCACCGCGCUAAACUCAGACGCUUCUGGUGACGGACUCGAUAGUCACGAGCGGGCGGGCGUCAUAGCUGGUGCCGCAGUGGGCGGUACUGCAUUGCUCGUCAUCCUAUUCGCGGCCUUCUUCUUUUACCGAAGACGCAUCGACAAGCAACGGUACUCGUUCCUCAAGCGCGAGCCGCCCAGUCGCGCCGCCUUCCUUGCCGAUGAACUCGCGGGACCUUCGCAUGGUGCAUACCGCGAUGAUCCCCUCGCGCCAGGCGGUGCACCCGCAGCAACGGGCGCGGGUGGCGCAUACGAACUUCCGCCGCGGCUACUGCGCGCGAGAAAUUCAGAAAGCGGGAGUAUGUUCACUGAGGACGUAUGGCCUCCACCUCGCACCGCGCUCAAGGACCCUAUCACCAGCACGCCGAAUCUACACGGCGUCGUGGAAGACGUGAUGGGCCCAUCAGGCUCCUCACCUAUACCGUCGCAAUCAACGCUCGGUACCGGACAACGACCAGGCGCGCUCGAGCCGCGUUUGCGCGGAGGGUCAGGCGACGCCAGCUUGUGGUCUCAAGACAGCGCACCACGCCCGAUGAGCGAGACGAGCCGCACUGCUCUCGUAUCCAUACACGACUCGCCUCCACGCGGGCACGGGCGCGACGCGUCGGAUGUCCCGCUAUUGAGUGAUGGUGCGAGCGCGAUCGAGUACGACUCGCGCUUGGGGCGGCUUAUGCCUACGAAUCCGGAUAGGCAGUCGGUUGAUCUGCCUAGUCCGCCAGCGAGCGGGUUUGCGGGCCAUCCGAACUGGCUGGAGAGGACGCCUAGGAGGAUUGAUGAGAGCGGUGGAUAG